AAUUUUGACGGCUCUUCUAUUUUUUUCUAUUGAAAUAUCGGCUGGGUUGUUUAGUUAUUGUUGAAGGGAAAGAGACAAAACGCAAUAGUCAAAAAAUCGCGGAAAAAAAUGCCACUCUGUGUGUCUCAAUAAAAGUGAAUUAUUUUACUGAAGAGCCAGCAUUUAUUCGUACUUUUUGCAAUUAACAUACAGUUGAGUAACACGCCGGUGACGAAUGAAAAAAGAUUGAUCGAAACCGUCAAGUGCAUACACAUGAAUUAAGUGAAAAUAAUUUUGGUUAUCUUGAAUGCGAAGAAAAAUCCCUCCUCCCUUUAUAGAACAUGGCGUUCAUGGCGUUGUCAAACUGUGUACAUUAAGUUUUGAUUUUUAAAUUUCUGAGUCUCAUAGUUUUUUUUUUAAUUUUGACGAAUAAAUUUUGCGUUCAACAUGUCUUGUUCAGUGUUUAAAGAAUUUCCGGAAUCCAACGAUAGUCAUCUUGUCGUUGUUAUCAACAAAAACGGAAAUGUUUCUGUCGACCAAUCGGAAUUGCAUGAUUUUUUAGUGAAUAACGAUUCAAACAAAUCCAAUACAACGGUGAGCGUUGUUCGUCUGGCCUCACCAACGCCAAGUAUUGAGGAAGAAUUGAACGAACAGGAGGAACUCGAAAAGGAAAUGGCAAAGGCUCUCUAUGCAACGGAUGACGAAUCGGCGGACAAUGGGGAAAAGGAGGAGGUCAUCAAAAUUCCAAACUUGAGCGUUGUGGUGGAAAAGUAUUACAAUGCCGAUGAGGCUAAACAAUUUGCAUCGGAGAUAUUGAGUGCUGCUGGAAUAACAGAUCCUAAGCAAGUGGUCAAGGAUCUAGCUCAUCAGCGGCGAGCUGUCGUCAACGAUCAUUGUUACACACCUCUAACAUCGCCCAGUCAACGGAAAAGUGAGUCACGUCGGAAUACACCGGUUCAGGUCACCAAAAAGCCGGACGUCAAAGCGAAACCGAUUCCAUCCACAGUACAACCGAAGAAGGCUGAAGCGUCUGAAGAGGAGGAGGAAGUUAGUGAUGAAGAAGGUGACGAAAGUGAUUCGGAAAACACAUACUACAGUCCGAGUGAAAGUGAUCGUGAUAGUGAUUUAGACUUUAAUGUUAGUGGUCGACCGACUCGGGUACGAAAAAUAAAACCCACCAAAGUUUCGCGAAUCAAACGGCUCAAAGGCACGGGAAAAGUUACAAAGAAACGGGCAAGUGUUGGCGACGAUGAUAAAUCUGACGAAGCAACAACUUCGUCUGGCAAAAAGAAACCGGUUAAACGGCGGAGCCUAUCAACGAAUAAGACGACGACAACGCCAAGCACAAGCAGUGCCAAACCUGCCGCAUCUAUAUCGAAGGGUACGCCAGUUGUUUCGGCUAGAUCGGACGUCGACGUCGAUCUUAAAAAGGAUUCAUCAAUACCUUCUUCACCGUCAUCUACAGUCGUCACUCCUGGUCCACCAGUUCCUGCAUUAACACCAAUUACGAACCCGAAAGCGUUGCCACAGAAGAAAGACAAAAAGCAACCCGCUCAUGUUGACGCAUACUUAAACAACAUGUCGUCUCUGUUCUCCACACCGGAUAUAAUUAAAAAGGUUGAAAACGAGAUACGGGCAAGUCCUACAACCAGCAUGCCUACAACCCCAUCAACGCCAACGAAUAAAACAUAUUUUAUGCCAUUGAAUCCGAGCAGUAUAAAAAAUCCGCAGCAGCUUCCCGCCCAAAUUUCUGUACAAACACACACCGCUACACCAGAUCUGGAAUUCGAGCAAGAUAAACAGCUCGACUUAAUCGACUUAUUCGUCAGAGACAUAGUGCAAGAAGAGCUAAAGCAAACUACAACACCCCAUAUACCGAAUAUAGUGAAAAUGUUGGAGAAUUCCGACGGUGUAAAGAUGGUCGACGCUAUCAAUCCGACGCAAUCCACAUCGAAUACAUCAACAAUUGUGAAUGCAUCAACAAUCCGGGGAACGCUUCUCGAUACGCCUGACAUAUUAGGAAUAGGAAACGUUGACGACUUUUUACCCGACGAUGUUCUUCAAGACGUUGCCAAAUUGGUAGAAGACAAAAAAAUUCAAGAGGUUAUAGACAAACAGGUCCUCGAAGUGAAAGCAACCACAUCUACGAUACCAUCUGCUGUCUUGCCACCAUUAAGCACGAAUAUUACAAAACCUGACUCAACGCUGAAAGCUCCAACUCGAAGCGAAAUUCCAAAAUCUGAUAAAAAGACGGAUUCAUUGAAGAGUAAUUUGUCGCAAUCAGCAACAACAACGCCAGUUCAGGCCAAGGAGCCAAUAAAAAUUGUUCGCAGUGACGGGCGAGUUAUUCUGCUACCACCGUUAGAAGCACCAACAACACGAGCCAAACGACGAGCUUUAACUCAAUCCUUUGACGCAGUGGCAAAAGAAGAGUCAGCAACGUCAACGCCGAAAAGCAAACCAACGCCAAAGGUCGUUGAAGAAGUGAAAGAAAAGGAAAAGACUCGUCGCUCUUCGACAACCAAAAAGGUAGCAGAACCACCGAAACCAAAAACCAUUGUUCCCGAAUCUACAACUGUUGAACAACCUGACGAUGACGACUACGACGACGAGGAUUCCGAUGGCAGUCACAACGCAGAGGACGAUCCUUAUCGUUUGUGGUGCAUUUGUCGACAGCCUCAUAAUAAUCGAUUUAUGAUUUGCUGCGAUAAGUGUGAGGAUUGGUUCCAUGGGAAAUGUGUUAAUGUGACAAAAGCGAUGGGUACGGAAAUGGAGGAACAAGGGAAGGAGUGGGUUUGUCCGAACUGCAUUAAAAAGCACCCUGGGAAGAAACCUCCGGAACGAAAGUCGUCGACCAGUAAGAAUUCCAGUCUAAACAGCUCCCUACUUUCGUGCAUUGUAUGCAAGAGCCAAGCCCGCCCGAACUCAAUCUACUGCAGCGACGAUUGUAUCAGAAAGCAUGCUCAGACUACAGCCACGAAUGUUACAUCGUCGUCACAAAGUGAUUUGUCCAGUACAUCGGAUAGGUCAAAGAAAUCGACACCAGCCAAAUUCAAUGCGAAGGCCGAAUACACGAUAACGAAAAACAAUCGCGUCAUUGUUUUCGAAAAGAAAAGCGGUCGCGUUUUAACUGGCAAUACGGCUCCGACGCCAGAUACAUUAAAGCAGUGGCUGCUCGAUAAUCCCACGUUUGAACUUGUCAAGCCCGGAAGCAAACAGGCGCAAUUCAUUAGAGUGAAGCAGGAACAAAUUAACCGCGAAAGGCAAGAGCAGAAUAGUUUGUUGGUACAGGGGGAUAAGCAGAAAAAAGGUAGUCAGCAGCAGCAGCAACCACAAAAGAUUCAAACAACAUUGAAAAUUGGUCCCGCAAAAAAUGUAAUGAUUGUGAAUCCAAACCAGAAAUCCAACGCAACAACAACGACUCCUACGUCGUUACCAGCUAAGGUAGUAACGAAAGCCCAGAAGCUUGGUCAACAGGCAUCGCCUAAGCCAAACAGUCCAGUCAAACAGAGUCCGGUUCAGUCGAAAGUAGCAUCGAAACCGACAACACCCAAAACUCCAGCACCUCGGGCGAAUCAAAACAAGCGGAAAUCCGAUCCAAAAUCUGAUUCGAAACCUACUGACAACAAAAGUGAAACUUCUUCUGAAACCAUACGUGUUACCGUUCACCGACUGCUAAAUGAAGCAAUUUCCCAACGAAUGUCUGAAAUCACCGAUAGUAAACAUCCCAAACUCACCGCUGAAGAAAUUGAUAGUUUUGCUGCGGACACGGAACGAGAGAUUUACAAUUUGUUCAGCAAGGACAUAGGUGCCAAAUAUAGGGCCAAAUACAGGUCAUUAGUUUUCAACAUUAAAGAUCGGAAAAAUGACAGCCUGUUUCUGAAGAUAUGCGAGAAAACUAUCAAACCGAACCAGUUCGUACGCAUGUCAGCUGAAGAGCUGGCUAGCCAACAGUUGGCACAGUGGCGAGAGAAUGAAAAUAAGCACCAGCUGGAGAUGAUAAAAAAAUCUGAACUCGAUCUACUGGCCGCCAGCAAAUCAUACGUUUUGAAAACGCAUAAGGGCGAAGAAGUUAUUGAGAGUAAGGUGACUGACCGGCUUACCUUGGAUCCUUCCAUAUCCGUUGAAGACGUUGUGUCAGUGUUAAACAACUCAACUGUAAGUAGCACGAGCGAAACUGUUGGUCAGAUAACUCCAACAAAAGAUCAGCGAAUCGACACUCGAUUUGAUAAGUACUUAUCGGUGGACAGUAGCAUCAGUGGCAGUAGCAAAUUGGGAUCGUCUUCAUCAAAGAAAAAGGACGGACAUCGAAGUCGAAGUAGAAGCAGAGACAGAAUUCAAGACAAGCACGAUCGUAAGUCGAGCUCGAAUAAACACAAACGAAAACGGAGCCGAGAUAGGCGCAGUGGCGAAAAGGACGACAAAAGUCGCGACAGAGACCGUGAACGCGACAGUAAGAAGAAAGAUGACAAAGAUAGGCGAGACAGAGAGAAACCGAAAACAACUGACUCGAAAACCGAGCAUAAGAAAUCAAGUGUGAAAGUGAAGGAACCACCAAAACCCGUCAAAAAGGAAGACAAUUUUAAUUUAAUCGAUAAAAUAUUGGAGGCUCAAUCUACAAUCGAUCGAGUGUUGCGAGCAGAAGAUACAAAAAAGACCGAAAUUAAAAGUGCAAGCAAAGGUGUUCAGCCACAAGGUGACCAAUUACUUGAACAGAAGCCGAAAUUACCACCGAGCAGUGAAUGUGACCAAGAACCAACCAGUACAGUUACCAUACCAACUCCGCCGGAAUAUUUAUUCGACAAGCAGUUAACCGAUGUCGAAUCGGCUCUUUGGAGUGGCAUGAUUACAAUGGUCGACAUCGCAACCUUUCAAAUAUCAGUUCAUGGUGUCAGUGGUAACUGUGAAAGCGUUAGACAUGAACUACCUACCGAAUUAGACAUCGUUGGUCGAAUCAUUCCAGAUACAGUUUGGGAAUACAUUGAUAAAAUCAAGAAGAACAAAGAAAUCUUGAUCGUGCGACUAUCAGCUGCCACCGAGGAGGAUAAUGACGCAUAUUGUGAACUGUACAAGUAUUUGUACACGAAGAAGCGGCUGGGUGUGAUAAAGACCACGUCGAGAGUCCUGAAGGAUUUUUACAUUUUUCCAUUGGCGGCGCACAAGUCAAUACCGUCGGUUUUACAACCUAUCGACGGUCCAGAGUUUGAAAGUGGACGACCUGAUUUGCUUCUGGGAAUCAUUGUCAAGACGACUCUGGCAGUCACGACAAAACGAACCAUACCUACACCAAACGCACCAAUUGCAACUAAGGUUCCACGUCUGUCAGAAUCUUUGAUAGUGAAAUCGAAAACUGUUGAUGAAAGGUUCACUCCACCGUGCAGUCCAAAAACUCAACCGAAAUCCCAGUUAGAAAUUCCAAUAGCGAUGGAGGACGGUGACGAACCGUAUUCGCCUGGCGGUAGCGAUGACGAAAUACCCUUUCAAAAUGCAAAAGCCAUUCCUGCAACUGCUCAGACAUCAUCCUUGUACGCUCAAUUGGAACAAGAAGAGAUCGAGAGAAAAAUGGACGAAUUGAAUCGCCAAAUCGAAGCACAAAAAAUGGAAAUCGCUAUGCUUGACUCCGAGGUGGUCAGUGUGGAUGAACCAUAUUCACCCUCAUCGUCCCUGUCUACGAGUGCGGCACCUUCCAAAAUACCAACACUAGCCAACAUUUCGAUUCCAUCGAAUCUGCAAGAGAUCCUAAACAGCAUCAAACACGUGUCGACUCUACCAUCGACCGACCAAAGCAUCGUGCCAAAAUCGGGCGCAUCAACUACAUCAAUCCCAGUCGCCGACGAUGACGAAUACACUCCAAUACCAAGCGAUGCAGAGUAUAAUACAGCAGAUUACGUCCCAAUGAAAACGUUGCACACGAAGCACUUUCAGCCCACAUCCAUGGACAUAAUGCAAUCGACGUCAAAGGAGCCGAGCAAGCUGGCUCAACUCACCGACGAAGAACUGUUGAGCAUGGUUCCCGACGAUAUUGAUUUGCCGCCGGUUUCAUCACUGAAGAAACCAUCAAAUGAAUCUGUGACGAGAAUGUCAAAUUAUGCUAUGUUUGAACCACCACCUCCGGGCGAAGAAGAAUAUGUACCAAUGGGAUAAAUGUUGGUAAAUAGAAUUAAUGGUCACUAAGAAAAACAUUUAAUUUAUGUACAAUUAAUGAACGCAUAGCUUUAUUUUUAAGGGCAGCAAUAUUAUUUACUUCUAUUGUUGAACAAUCAAGUUUUAAUAUGUUUCUAAGUUGAAGUAAACUAAGUUAAAAAGGAAGAGUUCAAUUCACACAAUUUUUCAUUUUCGAUUUUCUGGUUUUUCGAAAAUUACCUUUCGAGUUUCGGUAAAAAAAUAAUAAUUUUAUUUUUCAUUGAUUUUGAUUGUAAUGAAAUAUAAAAUCUGGAAGCUCCGUAGGGUAGUCAUUGUGUAUAUUAAACUACUUGAUAAAUAUAUAAAUGUACGAAGAUAUGCAUAUAAGGUCAGGAUAAGUUAUUCUGACUUAACACACACACACAACAAAAAAUUAAAAGAAUUUAAGAUUAAAGAAAUCCAAACAUCUCAA